GUUCCGGUAUACCCGAAAUGAAAACCAUUCUACGAGGGGUGGCCCUAAAAGAAUAUUUAACCUUUAAGACAUUAGUGGCCAAAAUUGUUGGUUUAACGGCAACUUUGGGCAGUGGUAUGCCAUUAGGAAAGGAAGGUCCAUUCGUACAUAUAGCAAGUAUUGUAGCACAAUUAUUAAGUAAGCUAGUAACAUCAUUCCAAGGUAUCUAUGAAAAUGAGUCGCGCAAUUCGGAAAUGUUGGCCGCUGCCUGUGCAGUGGGUGUGGGUGCAUGUUUUGCGGCUCCAGUUGGCGGUGUAUUAUUUAGUAUAGAAGUAACAACAACGUAUUUUGCGGUGCGUAACUAUUGGCGUGGCUUUUUUGCGGCCGUUUGUGGUGCUACAGUGUUUCGUCUAUUGGCCGUAUGGUUCCAGAAUGCCGAUACUGUGCGGGCUGUAUUCUUAACAAAUUUCACUACGGAAUUUCCAUUUGAUCCUCAGGAAUUGUUUGUGUUUGCGUUGAUGGGGGUAGUUUGUGGUCUUGGUGGUGCUGCUUAUGUCUGGGUACAUCGAAGAUACGUCUUGUUUAUGCGCUCGAAUAAGAAGAUGAACAAGUUCCUCCAAAAGAAUCGCUUUUUGUAUCCUGGCUUCUUGGCUUUGUUGGUAUCAACGAUUUCCUUCCCCUUGGGCACGGGCCAGUUUAUUGCCGGUGAAUUGGGUACCCAUGAACAGGUCACCCAGCUGUUUAGUAACUUUACCUGGUCUCGCGACGAUUUGACCGUGGAACAGGCCGCCAUUGUAACCCAUUGGGUAACACCCUACACCAAUGUAUUUAUCAAUCUGACAUGCUAUGUUAUAUUUACGUUCGUCUUCUCCAUUAUUGCCUCCACAAUACCCGUACCCUCGGGUAUUUUCAUACCCGUCUUCAAAAUUGGUGCCGGUUUGGGCCGUUUGAUAGGUGAAAGCAUGCAUUUGUGGUUCCCCAACGGGGUGCGCUAUGGUGGCCGCCUCUCACCCAUCAAUCCCGGCGGUUAUGCUGUUGUAGGUGCUGCCGCAUUUUCGGGAGCUGUCACUCACACCGUCUCCGUGGCGGUGAUUGUCUUCGAAAUGACUGGCCAGAUUACGCAUGUGGUGCCGGUGAUGAUAGCUGUACUGAUUGCCAAUGCGAUAGCAGCCCUACUCCAGCCCUCUAUGUAUGAUAGUAUUAUACUUAUCAAGAAGUUGCCAUAUCUACCCGAUCUGUUGCCCUCAAGCUCGGGUAUGUAUAGCAUCUAUGUGGAGGACUUUAUGGUACGCGAUGUCAAAUACAUUUGGCAAGGCAUCACCUAUCAGCGUCUCAAAGAAGUACUGAAGAGUAAUAAGACUCUGCGUUCCCUGCCGCUGGUCGAUAGUCCGGAAAAUAUGAUCUUACUCGGAUCGGUGCAGCGUUACGAGCUGAUCAAAAUGAUUGAGAAACACAUCGGGCGUGAGAAGCGUAUGGAAGUGGCCCAGAAAUGGAAGAAGGAAGCCGAGGAGCGGAUACGCGAAGAGGAACGUAAGAAGCAGGAAGCCGAACAGCGUAUGCGCCGCCCCUCACGUUUCGAAGUUCUGCCCGCUCCCGAUAUUUUGAGCCUACGCCAAAUUGCCAACGAUGAAAUGUUACCGCCCAAAAAGAAGCAGGAAACCCUCAACAAUACCCUCCAGCCUCGCAAAUCCAUUCUCAAAAAGACAAACUCAUUUAAUCUUAAAGCCUUUACACCUACCUCAUUGAAUAGUCCUAGCAUAACGCCAUAUUCCACAAUAACCGGUGCCGAACAGCGCAUCCGUAAUGCGUUCGAGACCAUUUUCAAGAAAUCUACCACCUUACAAGAUGUUCAGCCGAGCGGUGAUGACCAGGACCCGGGUUCAAUAUCUGCGGCGGCUAGUACGGGUGAUAUGACACCGGGUACACCGACUGUCCAGAGGGCGCCCAGUACACCGGGUAUCUCGAAAAAAGUUCAAUUGUCCUAUAAAGGAAGUAUCAAAAAGGUCAAGAGUGUACAAUUGCCUCGAGAACGUGUCAUUGAUAUGUCACCCGAAGAUCAAAAGAAAUGGGAAAUGGAAGAAAUGCAAAAACCCAUUGAUUUGGAAAAGGCCAAUGUCAAUAUUGACCCGAGUCCCUUCCAGCUGGUCGAACGGACCUCUAUACUCAAAGUACAUUCACUAUUCUCAAUGGUGGGCAUUAAUCAUGCCUAUGUCACAAAAAUUGGUCGAUUGGUUGGUGUGGUGGGCUUGAAAGAGCUCCGCAAGGCCAUCGAGGACAUCAAUAGCAAUAGCUUUGUGAUAACAAAUCAACUAAAAGACAAUCCCUUAGAUGUGGAAAAAAGUGCAGCAGAGAAACCGUUGCUGCCACAGGACAGCAGCGAUAAACAGGUGAAUAUGACUGUGACAUCCAUGGAUUCGGCUCUAUCGAAUUCCGACAAUUGUUCCGACAUUGAAAUGGAAAAUAUUCACAAGACGACAACGGAUGGCAAGACGACUAACACGACAUCGUCGCCAUUAACUAUCAGCUCUGAUAAUGCCAAUUCCACAACAACAUCACCUGGCCAUCAGAGUGACUCGAAGGCAGAGUGA